AUGAAAGUACUGUGUUUAGCUGACGUUAUAAGACUGAAACAAGUAGAACACGUGAAGAAUGAAAAACAUGUUUUACAAGAAAUCAGACAUCCCUUCGUAGUAAAUCUAUUAUGGUCAGACAGAGAUGACAUUUGCAUUUAUAUGCUGUUCGAGUACGUUUGUGGAGGCGAACUGUUCUCAUAUCUAAGAAAUGCUGGUCGGUUUUCCACAUCAACGGGAAACUUCUACAGUGCUGAAAUUAUAUCAGCGCUAGACUAUCUCCAUUCAAAAAAUAUAGUUUAUAGGGACCUGAAACCAGAGAACCUCCUGUUGGACAGCGAGGGCCAUCUGAAGAUCACGGACUUCGGCUUCGCGAAGAAACUUACAGACAGGACGUGGACGCUGUGUGGGACCCCAGAGUAUCUGGCACCAGAAAUUAUCCAGAGCAAAGGGCAUAACAAAGCUGUAGACUGGUGGGCGUUAGGCGUUUUAAUAUACGAGAUGCUGGCAGGCUACCCUCCGUUUUAUGACGACAAUCCGUUCGGGAUCUACGAGAAGAUACUCAGCGGGAAAAUCGAGUGGCCCAAGCAUCUUGACCCCAUUGCCAAGGAUCUUAUCAAGAAACUUCUGGUGCACGAUAGAACGAAAAGACUGGGAAAUAUGAAGAGCGGUGCUGAUGAUAUAAAGAGGCAUCGAUGGUUUAAAGGCAUAGACUGGCAUGACGUUAUCACCAGAAAACUCAAUCCUCCCAUAGUCCCUAAAGUUGAGUACGAUGGUGACACCAGCAACUUUGAUGACUACCCAGAAAAUGACUGGAAAUCAGCGAGAACGCUAGAGGAGUCAGAACUGAAACUUUUUGAAGACUUUUGAAGCCAUUAUAUGCAUAGCAAAUGCCUCUGCAUAUCUUACGGAAGCUUUUAACAGCUGUCACAAGCCAUUGACUUCUAUGUGAAACGUUUUCCUUUCAGAUCAGUAGUUGCAUCGUAGCCGUAUUGUAUUGAAUUGCCCAUAUCGUGAAAUUGAAAUUUACGAUAUCGUUAAAUCAUCAGUUUAACGAUUUGGCCUUCAACGAUUGACCAGAUCGUAAAAUCGCCAACGUUCAUUAACGCUUGACCAUAUCGUAAGAUCGCCAACGUUUAACGUUUUCGUCGUCCACGAUUGGCCACAUCGUAAAAUCGUUAUCGUUUAACGAUUUGGUCAACCACGAUUGACCAUAUCGUAAAAUCACCAACGUUCAACGUUCUCGUCAUCCACGAUUGACCAUAUCGUAAGAUCGUCAACGCUUAAUGUUUUGGUUAUUAAAGCUUGACCAUAUCGUAACGUCUACUGCAUUUAACGUUUUCGUCAUCCACGAUUUGGCCACAUCGAAAGAUCGUCCACGUUUAACGAUUUAGUCAGCCACGAUGGACCAUAUCGUAAAAUCGACAACGUUUAACGUUCUCGUCAUCCACGAUUGACCAUAUCGUAAGAUCGUCAACGCUUAACGAUUUAGUCAGCCACGAUUGACCAGGUCGUAAGAUCGUCAACGCUUAACGAUUUAGUCAGCCACCAUGGACCAUAUCGUAAAAUCGACAACGUUUAACGUUCUCGUCAUCCACGAUUGACCAUAUCAUAAGAUCGUCAACGUUUAACGAUUUAGUCAGCCACGAUGGACCAUAUCGUAAAAUCGACAAGGUUUAACGUUCUCGUCAUCCACGAUUAACCAUAUCAUAAGAUCGUUAACGCUUAACGUUUUGGUUAUUGACUCUUGGUCAUAUCGUAAGAUCGUCAACGUUUAACGAUUUCGGAACCACGAUUGACCAUUUGGUGAAAUCGUAAAAGUUUAACGAUUUGGCCAUAUGCGAUUGACCAUAUUGUAAAAUCGCCAACGUUUAACGUGUUCGUCAUCCACGACUGAUCAUAUCAUAAGAUCGGCAACCUUUGACGAUUUGGUCAUCCACGAUUGACUAUAUCGUAAGAUCGACAACCUUCAACGAUUUGGUCAUUCACGAUUGACCAUAUCGUAAGAUCGUCAACGCUUAACGAUUUAGUCAGCCACGAUGGACCAUAUCGUAAAAUCGACAACGUUCAACGUUCUCGUCAUCCACGAUUGACCAUAUCGUAAGAUCGUCAACGCUUAACGUUUUGGUUAUUAACUCUUGGUCAUAUCGUAAGAUCGUCAACGUUUAACGAUUUCGGAUCCACGAUUGACCAUUUGGUGAAAUCGUAAAAGUUUAACGAUUUGGCCAUCGACGAUUGACCAUAUUGUAAAAUCGCCAACGUUUAACGUGUUCGUCAUCCACGACUGACCAUAUCAUAAGAUCGGCAACCUUUGACGAUUUGGUCAUCCACGAUUGACUAUAUCGUAAGAUCGGCAACCUUUAAAGAUUUGGUCAUUCACGAUUGACCAUAUCGUAAGAUCGUCAACGCUUAGCGGUUUGGUCAUCCACGUUUGACCACAACGUAAAAUCGUCAACGUUUAACGUUUUCAUCAUCCAUAUCCAUAUCGUAGAAUAUGGUGUCCAAAAGAACAAACUAAUCAGCAUAGUACUCAAGUAUUUUUUUGUAGUUAUGCUCGAUGAUUUCAUGAAAUGGUCGAUUAAAUUUGACCAUAUCGUGACAUCGUCGGCUUAACGAUUUGGUCAUUCACGAUUCACCAUAUCGUAAAAUCGUCAACAUUUAACGAUUUGGUGAUUCACGGUUGACCAUACCGUAAAAUCGGCAACGUCUAAUGAUUUGGUCAUCAACGAUUAACCACAUCGUAAAAUAUGGUGUGCAUAAGACCAAAAAAUCGGCAUAGUACCAAGUACAUUCUUUGUCGUAAAGUAUUUUAGUCUUACUAUCUUCCUCAUUUAGUAACAAAUUAAUAGGAUUUUCACUUGGAGAAACAACUUUGUUAUUAGCGGCCGCCGUGCAAUUAAAGCACUACAAGUGACUCUAUCGGUGAUUAAUGUAAUUAUUUUACGAUUUGAUCAAAUAAGUUUGACCAUAUCAUGAAGUAGCCGGGCGCUUAGAUGAUCAUAUCUAUAAGCGAUUUGUUGUCAUUGAUCUGAUCAACGCACAUAACGAUCUAGCCGAUGGACGAUAAUACGUUUCAUGAAAUGCGACCAUAUCAUCGAAUCGCCCAUUAUUUCAUGAAAUGGGCAAUUUUACGAUAUGACCACCUAUAUGUAAAUCAAUCUGUGUAUCCUGUUUAAUUCGGUUCUACUUAAAACUGUAAACUCCAAGCACUAAUUCUUUGUCUGUGUUAUCACCCCUCAAGUGGAAAAAGUGAAGGUUCAUUCAGAGAGGAAAGCAUUAAUGUGAUUUGUACUUAGAAAUAGAUUUUUGUAUAGUAUGUUUAGUAGAUUAUUGUUAUCACUAGGUAUUUAUAGCUUAUUGAUAUUUACACACAAAAUUAUUCAUCAUUACAAGGUGCUGUAAAGCAAAUCUUACAUGCCUACGCAUGUCUCAUAACAAUGAAAAUAUUCUCCAGUGAAGUGUACUCACAUUCAUUAUUUUAUUUUUUAUUUAUAAAAGCUAUAUUAAAUAUAUUAUGUUUUUUUUUGUACUAUAUUUCGUUUUCUAAGAUCACGAAUGUCUUUUUGUAGAUUCAAG